UGCACUAUUGUGGGGGAAAUGUUUGAUUAAGCAGCCAUUUUUUUCAGGCCUGCAUUCUAGAUGUGUUCUGUAUGAGAACUACACUUGCAGUUCUUCUGCACGGACCAAAUGUUCUUGCAAACUAAUGACUAACUUUGUGGUGGGUGGUGAGUCACAGUAGAUUUCCCAGGAUUUAAUAAUGUGCUUGUGUGUGAUAUAGAUUUGACCAUGAGGAGCCAGCCGAUACAAUACAGUCUGAUUGCAUUAAGCAGUGGUUUUAAGAAACUCUUGGACCUCAGGGCCUAAGGAAGUGAAGAGAGAUUGACUUGAAUACCAAAUGUGUGGUGGAUGUGGACACAAACAAGGUUAUUCUUACUCCUGUAAAUACGAAUCUUUCCAAAGGAGAUGCCCGGGGCCAGCCAAAGGCUUUUGCUUAUGAUCAUUGUUUCUGGUCUAUGGAUGAAUCUGUCAAAGAAAAGUAUGCAGGUCAAGAUACUGUUUUCAAGUGCCUUGGGGAAAAUAUCCUGCAGAAUGCUUUUGAUGGCUACAAUGCAUGUAUCUUUGCCUAUGGACAGACUGGAUCUGGAAAAUCUUAUACCAUGAUGGGCACAGCUGACCAACCGGGAUUAAUCCCAAGACUUUGCAGUGGACUCUUUGAACGAACUCAGAAAGAGGAAAAUGAAGAGCAGAGUUUUAAAGUAGAAGUGUCCUACAUGGAAAUUUAUAAUGAAAAAGUUCGAGACCUCCUUGAUCCCAAAGGAAGCCGUCAGACGUUGAAAGUCAGAGAGCAUAGUGUGUUGGGACCUUAUGUGGAUGGACUUUCUAAACUGGCUGUCACAAGCUACAAGGAUAUUGAGUCGUUGAUGUCUGAGGGUAACAAGUCUCGCACAGUCGCUGCAACCAACAUGAACGAGGAGAGUAGCCGAUCCCAUGCAGUUUUCAAAAUCACCCUCACACACACACUCUACGACGCGAAGUCUGGGACAUCUGGAGAGAAAGUGGGCAAACUCAGUCUGGUGGAUUUAGCUGGCAGUGAACGAGCAACGAAGACCGGUGCUGCAGGGGACAGGCUGAAGGAAGGGAGCAACAUAAACAAGUCCCUCACCACCCUCGGCCUGGUUAUCUCAGCCCUUGCAGAUCAGAGUGCUGGCAAAAACAAGAAUAAAUUCGUUCCAUAUCGUGACUCCGUUCUCACUUGGCUGCUCAAAGACAGCCUUGGGGGUAACAGUAAGACCGCCAUGGUGGCUACUGUGAGUCCUGCAGCUGAUAACUACGAUGAAACCCUCUCAACGCUGAGGUAUGCAGAUCGAGCCAAGCACAUUGUUAACCACGCUGUGGUGAAUGAGGACCCUAAUGCCCGAAUCAUCCGGGAUCUCCGGGAAGAAGUUGAGAAACUCCGAGAGCAGCUGACCAAAGCAGAGGCAAUGAAAUCUCCAGAGCUAAAGGACCGGCUGGAAGAAUCUGAGAAGCUAAUCCAGGAAAUGACUGUGACCUGGGAGGAGAAAUUAAGGAAGACGGAGGAGAUUGCACAGGAACGACAGAAGCAGCUUGAGAGUCUUGGAAUAUCUCUUCAGUCUUCAGGCAUCAAAGUUGGGGAUGAUAAAUGCUUCCUUGUCAAUCUGAAUGCUGACCCAGCUUUGAAUGAGCUUCUGGUGUACUAUUUAAAGGAACAUACAUUGAUAGGGUCAGCAAAUUCCCAAGAUAUCCAGCUGUGCGGCAUGGGAAUUCUUCCUGAACACUGCAUCAUAGACAUCACGUCAGAAGGCCAGGUUAUGCUGACUCCUCAGAAGAACACCAGAACAUUUGUAAAUGGGUCGUCUGUCUCCAGUCCAAUACAGCUACACCAUGGGGACAGGAUAUUAUGGGGAAACAACCAUUUCUUCAGACUCAAUUUGCCUAAAAAGAAAAAGAAAGCAGAACGAGAGGAAGAGGACCAGGACCCCUCCAUGAAAAACGAUAACACUUCUGAGCAGCUGGAUGUAGAUGGAGACUCCUCCAGCGAAGUGUCCAGUGAAAUUAACUUCAAUUACGAAUACGCACAGAUGGAGGUCACCAUGAAGGCCCUGGGCAGCAAUGAUCCAAUGCAGUCCAUAUUAAACAGCCUAGAACAACAGCACGAAGAAGAAAAACGAUCCGCACUGGAGCGCCAGAGGCUUAUGUAUGAGCACGAAUUGGAGCAGCUCCGGAGAAGACUGUCUCCCGAGAAGCAGAACUCCCGGAGCAUGGACAGGUUUUCUUUCCACUCGCCCAGCGCUCAGCAACGCUUAAGACAGUGGGCCGAAGAGAGAGAAGCAACGUUGAAUAACAGCCUGAUGAGGCUGAGGGAACAAAUUGUUAAGGCCAAUCUAUUGGUGAGAGAAGCUAAUUACAUUGCUGAGGAGCUGGAUAAAAGGACAGAAUACAAAGUUACGCUACAGAUUCCAGCCUCCAGCCUGGAUGCCAACAGGAAGCGAGGCUCUCUUCUUAGUGAGCCUGCAAUCCAGGUGAGGAGAAAAGGAAAAGGAAAGCAGAUUUGGUCUUUGGAAAAACUUGACAACAGGCUGUUGGAUAUGAGAGACCUUUAUCAGGAGUGGAAAGAGUGCGAAGAAGAUAACCCAGUAAUACGAUCGUACUUCAAACGUGCGGAUCCAUUCUAUGAUGAGCAGGAAAAUCACAGUCUCAUUGGGGUGGCCAAUGUCUUCCUCGAGUCCCUUUUCUAUGAUGCAAAGUUACAGUACGCUGUUCCCAUCAUCAACCAGAAGGGAGAGGUGGCAGGUCGGCUGCACGUGGAGGUGACGCGCAUCAGCGGGGAUGUUGGGGAAAGGAUUGCAGGAGGCGACGAGGCUGCCGAGGUCUCCUUUGAGAAGGAGACCCAGGAAAACAAACUGGUGUGCAUGGUUAAAAUCCUCCAAGCUACUGGGUUGCCACAGCAUCUGUCCCACUUUGUGUUCUGCAAAUACAGCUUCUGGGAUCAACAGGAGCCGGUGAUUGUCGCUCCUGAAGUGGACACCUCCUCCUCUCCCGUGAGCAAGGAGCCGCACUGCAUGGUUGUCUUUGAUCACUGCAAUGAGUUUUCUGUUAACAUCACUGAAGACUUUAUCGAGCAUCUUUCUGAAGGAGCAUUGGCAAUUGAAGUAUAUGGACAUAAAAUGAACGAUCCUCGGAAAAACCCAGCGCUGUGGGAUUUGGGAAUCAUCCAAGCAAAGACACGUAGUCUUCGGGACAGAUGGAGUGAAGUGACCAGGAAAUUGGAAUUCUGGGUUCAAAUCUUGGAACAGAAUGAGAAUGGUGAAUACUGCCCCGUAGAAGUGAUUUCUGCAAAGGAUGUCCCCACAGGAGGAAUUUUCCAGCUACGGCAGGGGCAGUCCCGGCGAGUUCAAGUGGAAGUGAAGUCGGUACAGGAAUCUGGAACUUUACCCCUGAUGGAAGAAUGUGUAUUGUCUGUUGGCAUUGGGUGUGUCAAAGUUAGACCGGUCAGAGCCCCCAAAACUCACGAGACCUUCCAUGAGGAAGAGGAGGACAUGGACAGCUACCAGGAUCGGGAUUUAGAGAGACUUCGUAGAAAAUGGCUGAAUGCGUUAACAAAACGUCAGGAGUACUUGGAUCAACAACUGCAAAAACUUGUCAGUAAACAGGAUAAAACAGAGGAUGAUGCUGACCGUGAGGCGCAGCUCCUGGAGAUGCGGCUGACCCUCACUGAGGAGCGGAACGCGGUGAUGGUCCCCUCUGCUGGCAGCGGCAUUCCAGGGGCCCCAGCAGAAUGGACCCCAGUGCCUGGGAUGGAGACACACAUCCCUGUUAUCUUCCUGGACUUAAAUGCUGAUGAUUUCAGCUCUCAGGAUAAUCUUGAUGACCCAGAAGCUGGUGGAUGGGAUGCGACCUUGACUGGGGAAGAAGAAGAGGAGUUCUUUGAACUGCAGAUCGUGAAGCAGCAUGAUGGGGAGGCGAAAGCAGAAGCCUCCUGGGACUCCGCGGUACACGGCUGCCCUCAGCUCAGCAAGGGCACGCCUGCAGACGAGCGGCUGUUUCUGAUCGUGCGCGUGACGGUCCAGCUCAGCCACCCUGCCGACAUGCAACUGGUGUUACGCAAGAGAAUCUGUGUCAAUGUUCAUGGCCGGCAGGGUUUUGCACAGAGUCUCCUAAAAAAGAUGUCUCAUCGAAGUUCUAUUCCUGGCUGUGGAGUGACUUUUGAAAUUGUCUCCAAUAUUCCAGAGGACGCCCAGGGAGUGGAGGAACGAGAAGCAUUAGCACGAAUGGCAGCCAAUGUUGAAAACCCAGCUUCUGCUGACUCAGAGGCUUAUAUUGAAAAGUACCUGAGGAGCGUGCUGGCGGUAGAAAACCUCCUGACUUUAGAUCGCCUGCGGCAGGAAGUUGCGGUGAAGGAACAGCUAACAGGAAAAGGGAAGCUGAGCAGGAGGAGUAUCAGCUCUCCAAAUGUGAACAGAUUGUCUGGAAGCCGACAAGAUCUCAUUCCAUCAUACAGUCUAGGCAGCAACAAGGGCCGGUGGGAAAGUCAGCAGGAUGUAUCCCAAACCGCAGUUUCCAGGGGAACAGCUCCCGUCCUCUCUGUUGCUCCCCAAAAUAACCAUUCUCGGGAUCCAGGACUCGGUAACCUCGCUGCGUCCUAUUUGAAUCCCGUCAAGUCCUUCGUGCCACAGAUGCCAAAGCUCCUCAAGUCUCUCUUUCCCGUCCGCGAUGAGAAGAGGGGCAAGCGGGCGUCUCCCCUCACACACCAGCCCGUGCCCCGCAUCAUGGUGCAGUUGGCCGGCCCAGACGUCGGGGUGACCAGGAUGGAGGAGGCUCAGCUGGAGACGGGUCCUGACGUGCUGGUGCAGACGAUGGGGGCCCCGGCCUUGAAGAUCGGCGACAAGCCCUCCAAAGCGCCUUCCCCGCCGCCUGUCCCCGUGGUCACAGCGGCCACCCCGGCCCCGGAAGUGCAGGACGGGCCCCCCAGCCCCCUGAGCGAGGCCUCCAGCGGGUACUUUUCCCACAGCGUCUCCACCGCGACCCUGUCGGACGCACUGGGCCCCGGCCUGGACGCUGCUGCCCCGCCCGGCCCCGCGCCCGCCGCCCCUGAGGCCGAGCCAGAGACGCCCAUCCGCCGCCCCCCGCCGCCCAUGGCCGCCCCCGCCGAGGAGCCCCCCGGCCCGCAGCAGCUGGUGAGCCCCAGCCAGGAGCGCCCCGACCUGGAGGCCCUGGCGCCCGGCUCCCCAUUCCGCGUCCGGAGGGUGCGAGCCUCAGAGCUGCGCUCCUUCUCGCGCAUGCUGGGCGGGGACCCCGGCUGCUCCCCGGGGGCCGAGCGGGAUGCGCCGGCUGCGGGCACUGGGGGACAGGCCCCGGCCUCCGAUUCCGAGGAAGCCGACGGGGUUCCAGAGUGGCUCCGAGAGGGCGAGUUCGUCACCGUGGGCGCCCACAAAACGGGCGUGGUGAGAUAUGUGGGUCCCGUCGACUUCCAGGAGGGCACGUGGGUCGGCGUGGAGCUGGACCUGCCUUCAGGUAAGAAUGACGGCUCCAUCGGCGGGAAGCAGUACUUCAGGUGUAACCCUGGCUACGGGCUGCUGGUCAGGCCCAGCCGGGUUCGCAGGGCCACAGGCCCCAUGCGGCGGCGCAGCGCGGGGCUCCGACUGGGCGCCCCCGAGGUCCGCCGGAGCGCCACCCUCUCGGGCUCUGCCACCAACCUGGCCUCGCUGACAGCCGCCCUGGCCAAGGCCGACAGGAGCCACAAGAACCCUGAGAAUCGGAAAUCCUGGGCCAGCUGAGCUGCCACCUCAGGGCGAACUCUUCUUGGGGUGCCGGGCCCCUCUGAGUCUGCCAGCAACAGCCUGGGGAACCGGAAGCCCUAGGGAACUGGGAGCCCUGUGGCCCCUUCCCUGGAGGCAAGGCAGUGAAUGCUUUUUGCACAACGCAGGGCUGGCGACCUCCCUGGGCUUCUGGAAGCUUUGUUUCUUCUCUACCUGGGGAAAGAGGUGGCCUCAGCUGUGCCUCCUCAGGUGGAAGGUUCUGGGUUCCUGCAGGGGCUGGGGGAUGUGGGGACCGAGGCCCUGGCUGGCAUAGCGCCCAGCCAUCUCGCUGUGUGCCUGUGCCUGGCGCCUUAUGUUGCUCUGUCAUUUUCAUUCUGGUGGCCCCACUAAUGUCUUAACGUAAACCAGAAUUCUAACCAGUGCCUUUCCUCCACCCACCCAGGAUGUCCCGGCUCACUCCUCAAGCUCCCCAGCCUCCCACCCUGGUCCCAGGUUCUCCAAGUGCCUCUGGAGGGCCUGGGCUCUGGCACAUGGCCCUGGUGCCCCAGGUGGGGCCGAGGGCCUGAGCCUCCUCCUACCCCUCCUCGGCUAGGGUUUCUUCACGGUUUCUUGGUGGGUGUCUUGGUGUCUUUACAGCUGCAAAGUCCCUUACGUUUGCCAUUUAUUCCCUUCACAGAAGGCUUGGAAUUUAUUUAUUUAUAUUUAUUUUUUCAAAAUCCGUAAUCAUUUGCGAGGCGCAAUCAUCAUCUGCCUGCGCGUCGGGGCCCAGGGCCUGCCUUGCAUGUCGUGGCCUUGCUGGCCAUUGCAGAGCUGCUAGCCUCCUGCCCAGGUGGAGGGUCCUGGGGACGGCAGAGGAUGCAGCCCCCUUCUCAUGCCCCUCUAUUGGGGAUCCACAGUGGCCUUACUCUUAACUUGGAUAAAAGCAAAAACCUGGGAGAAUGGUGUUGUGCUUCCGUAGUCGGUGACAAAGGAAGAGGCAUCACUACUUUAUUUGGUGCACUUUUGGUUUCUAGGAAGGUCCUGGGGUCAUUUUAACUCUGUGGCAACUCCCAGGCCCUGACAGUGUGGGGCUGGGCCCGUCCAUGUGGGGGGUGCGCCUGGUUUGUCUCCAGACCCUCGCAGCAGCCAUGUCUCCAGGCCACCUGGAGUGGGCAGGGGGUGGGCAGGACAGCCCGGUGGCCUCUGUUUCCUUGCUGGGGCACUUCUGCUCCCGGAGCCUUUGAUGCCAGCUUUGUGGGGUGGGGGUCAGCAUCUCUGUGUGGAAGGCAGGGGGAGCUGGUUGAGGGCAUGGCAGAAGUAACAGCCUGACAGCCCCAGGCCACCAAUCUAGGGACAGGACCCUGGGUCAAGGUUCACACAGCCACUCUUGGCAGUUGGUUUCUAGUUCUCACAUUUGGACGACAACCAGAAAGCGCUGUGGAAGGCUCUGGUUCUCUAGGGGCAGGAAGCCUCCAGCGAAGUAGUCUUCACAGUAGGCCCGUCCCAGGCCUGGCUUCGAAGAGAAGUGUCCUUCCCUCCCCAGUGGCUGUGAGGGACACAAGGGCUGAGGCCGGGCUAGGCGGAGGCACUCAUACUGGGCCUCCCUGUCCUCAGCCAGUGUUUUGGGGAACCCUGUGGCCCCUGUCCCUGGAUAAGCACUGUCACCACUGCCUCGCUUUUUACUCGGCCCUCUUCCCAGCACAGUGGCUUGCUUUUUAAAACCUGUUUCACUGAGAAGUUUGUUCUUGGGUCCCCUAGUGUCACUGUGGCCUAGGUGAGAGGGGAGCGCCUGGGCCCUGUGGUGGGGACGCUCAGGGAAAAGCGGCAGGUGGGUGGGCGGUGUGUGACCUGGCACCUCAUGGUGGCUGAGCCCAUCCGCCCAGCAGUGGCCUCCUGUGGCACCGUUUUGGGGAAGUCCUGGGGGACACAAGUGUCCUGACUUGAGCAGAUGGAUUUGGGCCCAGGCCCUGUUUGCUCUUGCUUCUCGGUGCAGACUAAUGUCAGCUUGUGGCUGGGAAAGACGGACGUGCAGCGACGUGGUCCUAAGGCAGUGAGUCCCGCUGACCGAGGGCCGGUGCUUGGCAGGCAGGAGGUGCGGGCUCGAGGGUGGCGGGUCAGGGCGGCCGGCUCCUGUCUUCUCUUCUUGCCUCCCUGACCAGCAGACUUAACUCCCAGGAAUGCCCGCUCGCCUGCCCGCUUUAGGGCUCCCAAUGCGUUCCUGGAAGGCCCGGGAGUGGCACCUUUGUGUGGGUCGGCCGGCAGAUGCUACCCAAGGCUGGUAAGAGCAGUAACCAUACGCGCAGCGCUGUCAGAGAUGUGGACAGGGGAUCCUUCCGGGGACACUGCUUCUUGUCGUGUGCCCAGAACACCCUUGGCCCUGCCCUGCCACUUCCCUCGGGCCCUUAUGAGGAACUGUGGCUCCAGGGUGAAGGCUCACUUCUGCCCCAGGCACUGCGUCCAGCAGCAGAGGGCACAGGGGACAGGUGUAUGACUGAGGUUCCGAGUGCCCAGGCCUGACCAGAGGGAGCGGGAGGGCGGAGGUGGGGAGGGGAAGGCGUUUCUGGGUGCAACAAGGUGGUCCUUGUGUGCUCGACAAGAGAACAGAGCUGGAGAUGUGACUGCUGGAGCCUGAGAGAUGGAGGUGUUCAGGUCCCCCCAGUACUUCCAGCAUGUUAUCCUCUUGCCUUCAAAGUUCCCUGUAUGUGAAACAGGAAGUCCUGAGUGUGUGUGGCAGUGCAGUGCUCACGACACAGGAUUCUCGGUGCGGUUCAGCUCCCCCCAGGGACUCCCCGGAAGAUGGUGCCUUGGUGCUGGGCUUGUCUUGUGCCUGAGCCCCGGGACAGGAGUCACCCUGUGCUUCCUGCCCAAGAUACUGACCCACUGAACCCAAAAGCAUUUUUCUCUCCGUGAAGUCCGUGGUGCCUUCCUGGUGGGCUGCUGACACUAAUGGUGUUGGGGGGUCUUGGAACAGCUUCUGUAUGUUGGAUUCGUGUAAAUGUGAGGAGUCCACAUAUAAAGAAGUGACUUUCAUUCCGGGAUUAUAUUGAUUAGGUAUACAUUAAAUGGGAGUUUAAUCCAAAGACUGUAAUGACUUUUAGAGACUCUAAUGAUUUGUAUUGUGUAAUGAACUAAACCACCUGUAAUUUUAUACCGUAUAUGCCUUUCCUUCAAAUGACCAACAGCUUCUCAAUAAAACCAGACGAUUUCUCACCUGCA